UUCAUUCGUACACAAUAAUUCUUCUCUCUCUUUCUUAAAUUCACUAUUCUCUUCUUCUUUUAUCUUCUCUUCUUCUUCUUUUUCUCUCUCUAUCUUUUUUCUAAAAUGGAUCAAGAUAGCAUUUUAAAGUUUUUGGAUAACAAGGCCAUUUUAGUCACCGGUGGUGCUGGAUUUUUAGCAAAGAUAUUUGUGGAGAAGGUGCUAAGAUCUCAACCAAAUGUCAACAAGGUUUAUCUUCUACUAAGAGCUCCCGAUAACAACUCAGCUUCAUCAAGGUUGCAAAAUGAGGUGAUUGGAAAAGAUUUGUUCAAAGUCCUGAAGCAAAAGAUGGGAGAAAAGUUCAACAAAUUCAUACAAGAAAAGGUGUGUGUGGUGCCAGGUGAUAUUACUUGUAAAGAUUUGGGUAUCAAAGAAUCCAAAUUAAAGGAAGAAUUAUGGAGAGACGUUGAUAUUAUUGUUAACCUUGCUGCAACCACCAACUUUGAUGAAAGGUAUGAUGUUUCAUUGUAUCUUAACACUUUUGGUGCCAAGUAUGUUUUGGAGUUUGCUAAGAAAUGCGCUCAUUUGGAGGUGCUCGUCCAAGUUUCAACCGCGUAUGUAUCCGGUGAGACGCCUGGUCUUAUAAAGGAGGGUCCGUAUUUUAUGGGUGACUCACUCAAUGGUAGACCUGGCUUAGACAUUGAAGUGGAGAAGAAACUUAUUGACGAGAAAUUGGAUGAGUUAAAAUCUAAGAAAACCACGGCCGAAACUACCAAGAUAUCUAUGAGAAACAUGGGCCUCGAGAGGGCAAGGCACUGGGGAUGGCCAAAUGUUUAUGUGUUUACAAAGGCAUUAGGGGAGAUGGUGCUACUUCACGAAAAAGGAGAUGUUCCUCUUGUAAUUAUUCGUCCAACCAUGGUUACCAGCACUCUUAAAGAACCCUUCCCUGGUUGGGUUGAAGGUAUUAGGACUAUUGACAGUUUAGCUGUUGCUAUUGGCAAAGGGAGAUUGCCAUGCUUCUUGGGUGACCUUGAGUCAAUUGCUGAUUUGAUUCCAGCUGAUAUAGUAGCCAAUUCAAUAAUAGUAGCAGCAAUGGUUCAUGCAAAUCAACCCGGAAUUCCAAGGAUAUACCAUGUUGGAUCAUCAGUUAAAAAUCCGGUUUCAUUAGCAUCACUGCAUGAACUGGUAUAUGAGUAUUUCACGAGACAUCCAUGGAUUAACAAGGACGGAAAACCUGUCACAGUCGGCCGUGUCAGGGUUUUAAGCUCCAUGGCUAGCUUCAAGAGAUUUGUUACCCUUCGUUACCUACUACCCUUGAAGAUCCUCGAAAUAGUAAAUUUCGUCUUCUGUCAGUACUUUAAAGCAACAUUCAUGGAACAAACAAGGAAGAUCAACAAGGUGAUGCGUCUGAUAGAAAUGUACAGACCAUAUUUAUUCUUCAAGGGAUUAUAUGAUGACAGCAACACUGACAAGUUAAGGGCGGCAGCAAAAGAUAGAGGAUUGGAAACAGAUUUAUUCUAUUUUGAUCCCAAAGCUAUUAACUGGGAAGACUACAUGUUGAACGUUCAUUUUCCUGGUUUAGUCAAAUAUGUCUUCAAAUGAAACUAUUAGCAGCGCGCAGAAGCAGUAGUAUUAAGCAGAGCAAGAUAAUUGUCCAAAGUUUUUAAACCAAAGAAAAUUUGAUUAAUAUUUAUUUUUUAAUUGUUACAUAAUUCGCGAUAUGUUUAUCAAUUAUUGUUACAAAAUGUAAUUUCAUAUUUAAUUACCACUUUAAUUUAUGAAACAUUUUAUGUUUAAUACCUCUUAACGAAUAUCAGGACUUUAUAUUG